AUGCACUUUCAGAUGCAGAAAUCCAACAGAGUGCUGUUGAGUAAACUGGUAUACUGUAGCCUCGGACAAGGUGGAGCCUCUCUGGGUGUCAGUCCUGACAGAUCUCAGUUCUUUAAAUAUGAGUCUGUCUCUCUGAGCUGUGAGGUUCAGGGGAAAUCUGCUGGAUGGAGACUGAAGAGAUACACAGUCUCUGGGGAGCGUUCAGAUUGUGGAAUAAAAUGGGGAAAACCACAAGGGUCUUCAUGCAACGGGUCACUAAUACCAUCAGACAGUGGAGUGUACUGGUGUGAGUCUGGGUCUGGAGAACACAGCAAUGCUGUCAACAUCACAGUACAUGCUGGAGCUGUGCUCCUGGAGAGCCCUGCCCUUCCUGUGACUGAGGGAGAUUCUGUGACUCUGCGCUGCAGAUAUCAGGGAACUCCUUCGAACCUCACAGCUGAUUUCUACAAAGAUGGAUCCCUCAUCAGGAAUGCGACUACAGGAGAGAUGACCAUCCCUGCAGUAUCCAAGUCAGAUGAAGGACUCUACAAGUGUACCAACUCCAGCUCUGAAGGAGAAUCACCAGAGAGCUGGAUGACUGUGGCAGGUGAGAAUAUGAGAAACCUUGACAUUCAGAUUAUCUGGUUCUUCUUUACACUGUUCAGUGGUGCUGAAACCUGCAUUAUAAACUGGGUGGUUCUUCUUUACACUGUUAAGUGGUGCUGAAACCUGCAUUAUAA